AUGCCGACGUCUAUGCCCGCGCCGUCAAUUCGAAUACCAAUCGAGUUGCUCACGCCCACUGCAUUCGCGCAAUUCGGUGUCAUCGUAGAAAACCCCACAACAUCUCUCUCUGCAAAGCUCCCCAUUCCGCAGCGUAUACCACCGCCCGAAAGCGUCAAUGCAAACCAAGGCUCUGCCACAAAGUACCUCGAUGUCUCGCACAUGUCCAAUCUCUACAGCCUUGCGCCGAGUAAGAAGCCUGCGAGAGCCGUCAUGAACAUGUUUGUUUGCGCACCGCGCGAACUCAGACCACAUGAGCCCAGUGAGAGCAUGCCGUCGAGCUGGGGCGACCUGGAGCUCGACGACGAUGAUGAUCUGGGUGGGAACUUUCGGAGACAGCUGCUGGAUGUGGGCAUCCUCGAACGACAUCCGUUCACGACGCAGACGUUCGUCCCAAUGGGCUUGUCGCCGGCGGAGAAGCAUACACAGUACUUAGUCAUCGUCGCGCCUACUCUUCCUGCGAGCGCGUCGAGGAGGAACACGGGAAGACCACCUCCAUAUCCAACACCGCACGUCGAAAGAAAGAAGAGCUUGAAGGACAUAUUUGCGCGAGCUAGGCCGAGCCCAUACUCGACUGAGAGUACACCGCCGCCCAGUUCAUUCUCAAGACUACCUGCUUCGGCACGACCAAAGGGGCCGGGUCUCCCAGACCUGAAGAACCUCCGCGCUUUUGUCGCAAAUGGUGCUCAGGCUGUGACGUAUGGAGCAGGUACAUGGCACGCGCCUAUGAUUGUGAUUGGUGACCGACCCAUAGAUUUCGUUGUGGUGCAAUUCGCAAACGACGUUGGUUUGGAAGACUGCCAGGAGAUCCUUUUGAAGCCCAAUCAUUCAGCUGCGGAGGGAGUAGUCGUCACAGUCGAUACUGAUGCUUCUGGAAAGGUACAAGUGCAAGCUGGAGUUGGAUCUGUCAAGGCAAAACUGUGA